AUGUCGAGUCCAUCGGAAACAAGAUCGCCUCCGGUUGAGAAAGAUGACGAGACUCCUGAGAAUGCUGGCGAUGAUGUUGUUGAUCGUCCUAUCGGUGAAGAAAACGUCUCGAACGAAGAAGAAGCUGCUAGUGCUGUGAAUCCUUUGUCUAGCGAUGCUGCUCAAAUCAUCCCAUCGUUACAGAAUCUCCUGCUCAACAACGACAUCCUGAGGGAGAGGCUAAGCGGAUUGAUUCAACUCUAUGCUCCAGCUGCUGAAGCCACAAAUGCAAACGUGAUUACCGAAAGCGAGCAGAUUGCAAGGGAGGCUGCUCUAUCUUCUCAGGUUCAUUUCUUGGAGCAGAGUGUGCAGAAGCUUGAAGAGGAGGUUGAGACUCAGAAGAAACUAAACGCUCAGCUAGAAGAACAGAUUAAGAGCUUGACAACGAACAGUGAUCCAUAAAGGCAGGGAUUGACUUUGUGCUCCAUCUUGAAGGAGGCAAAUGCACCACCACUCUCUUUGCAUUACAUCUUUUUUGUUUCUCUCUCUUAGAAAACGUUAUGGACAGAUGAUAAACCCUUUUGGUUGAUCCAUUCUUUGAUUGAACAGUUUACAAGUUUC